AUGCGAUAUCAUUUAAUUAGAAUCAAAGUAAUAGAUACAAUGUCGAAUAAGCCUUUUCCUCACAGCAAUUUAAAGAACAUUCAAUGUUUCAUUAUUGCAGCAAAUAAUUUUGUAAACGAUUUUAACGAUAUUUUUGGUUUCAGUAUGUUCUGCGUUGAAUGCAUUGGUAUUGCUAGUACCAUAGAAAUAUUAAUAAUAUCGGUGUAUAGCACUAACGAUAAUGGAUUUCUGAAGCAAAUUGCUGAGUAUGUAUUUGCUGCUUUGUUUUUCAUAAUGCUGUUUCACCUAUCAUUUUGCUGCCAAGAAUUGAACACGACCAGCCUAAUUUUCACGAAAACCUGCUAUAAACUGCAUUCUGAAGCAAAUCGAAGACAUCAAGAGGACCUGAUAUUAUUGGCAACGAUUUCCAAAGAAUUCAGACCCGUAUUAUCAGUGAAAGGAUUUCACAAUAUAGAUCAAAAAAAUGUUAUCACUUUAUUUAGAACGAUGGUAUCUUAUAUGUUAGUGGUUUUUCAGUUUUCUUGGAAUUCCAGAAGAUAUUUAAUGAAUAAAUAG